CUGCGACCUAGCACCUAUUUCUCAUAUAUUGGACAAGAUACUAGUAUGGUCCAAGCAUGACUGCACUCAAUUGGCAGGAAUCCAGGCCGAUGUGUGCCGUAUUGUAUUAUUGGAUUGCUCGCGAUAGACUUUUCCCGAUGCGAUUGUCUCGUCCAAAAAAUUUCCCGCAACUUCGACGCCGACCACGCUUCAAGGCCGAUGGGUGCUGGUCGAUAACUCCUCCUAUUCCCCCAAAUCCGCCGUUUCGAAUCUCGGCCCCCCGCCAGAUCAAUUCAUUUUGACCUUGGCCGAUAGCAGCCAUGGCUGCCCCCGUCCUCCCCCUCCAGCAGGUCAAGCUUCCGGCCCUGCCCUCGACCCGAUUGACGCCGGAGCAACAAUACUGGAAGACCUUCAAGAAUCCUCUCCUGAUCCCCUCACCUGCCAAUGGCCCCGUCAACCUCAUCACGCAACCCUCCGCUCCAUCCUCCGCCUCCGCCUUCCCUUCCCUCACCCAGCCCCCCGACGUCUUCACCGUGACCACCGGCGCCCGAGUCCAGAUCUACUCCAUCCGCACUCGCAAACUCCUCCGCACAAUCACCCGCUUCGAUGACACGGUUCGAGGCACCGAUGUCCGUCCGGACGGGCGCGUCAUCGCCGUCGGUGACGACUCCGGUACCGUCCAGGUGUUCGACGUGACCUCCCGGGCCAUCCUGAAGACCUGGAAAGACCACAAGCAACCCGUCUGGGUCACCAAAUUCUCGCCCAGCGACCCCACAUCCGUUCUGACGGCCAGUGACGACCGCACGGUGCGCCUCUGGGAUCUCCCCAGCCAGACCAGCGCCAAGGUGUUCCUCGGCCAUACCGAUUACGUGCGCAGCGGUGCCUUCAUGCCCGGAUCCCUGGCCUCCUCCGGCCUGGUCGUCUCCGGUAGUUACGAUCGGACCGUGCGCCUCUGGGAUCCCCGCGUUGAGAACCGUUCCGCCAUGACCUUCAAGAUGGGCGCCCCGAUCGAGACCGUCCUCCCCAUGCCCACCGGCACCACGGUGCUCGCCGCGGCCGACAACAAGAUCGCCGUGCUGGACAUCGUGGCCGGCAAGCCCUUGCACAUGAUCCAGAGCCACCAGAAGACGGUCACCUCCCUGGCACUGGCAUCCAACGGCGAGCGCCUGCUCUCCGGUGCGCUGGACGGCCACAUGAAAGUCUUCGAAACGACCGGCUGGAACAUGGUCUCCGGCUCCAAGUACCCCUCCCCCAUUCUCUCCCUGCGCGCCAUCACCUCCGGCGUCGCCCAAGAAGACAAGCACAUCGCCGUGGGUAUGCAAUCCGGUCUCCUCUCCAUCAAGACCCGCCUCUCCGGGCAACAAAAGAUCCGGGAGCGCGAGCGCCGCAAGGAAAUGCAAGCCCUCCUCGAGGGCAAACUCGAAGAACACGACCGCAAGGUCGCCAAGCAGAAGAAGGUCCGCGGCUCCGGCUGGGAGAAGCGACUCCGGGGCCGCGAUUUCGUCGGCGAGGGCGUGGACAUUGUGAUCGAGGGCCGGGACCGCAAGAAGCGGAAGAAGGAGCAAAGCUGGGAGCACGAUCUGCGCAAGGCGCGGUACUCCGCGGCGCUGGACCAGGUUCUGGGGACGAGCGACAAGACGGCGCAGUUGACGCUAUUGACAGCGCUACGACACCGCUCGGCGCUACGGGCGUCGCUCCAGAACCGCGACGAGGUGACUCUGCAGCCGGUGCUGCAGUGGGUGCACAAGAACAUCACGGAGCCGCGGCUAGUGCAGCUGAGCGUGGAGGUGGCGAUGAACGUACUGGACAUCUACUCGGGCAACCUGGGACAGUCGGCGCAGAUCGACAAGAUGGUGGAGCGGUUGCACCGGCGGGUACGCGACGAGGUGGAGAUGGCGCACCAGGCGUGCCAGACCAAGGGCAUGUUGGAGAUGCUGCAAGCCGCAGCAUAGGGUACAGCAUUGCAUUGCAUCGCAGUGAAGUGAGACAGUCUUACAAAAGCAGCAACUGUUACAACAUUAUGGAUACCUGGGCUGGAGUUUAGGUUUGGCGGCCAAGCAUAUAGCAAUGACAUAUACACACACACACUCAC